AUGGACGAUGAGGACAUCCUCCUCGACAGUCGUGCUGUAGGGGGCAAGCGUGGAGCAGAUUUGGGGGCUCCUCUUUUGCUGCCGAGCUCAUCAGCAAGUGGAGGAGACCAAGGGGGUUUUGGUGCAGCGUACGUCCCUGCCACGGUGCGGCGGCGACGGCUAUGGUUCGACAACGUGUUUGGGGUGAUCUUUGGUAUAUUUGCCUUCGUCAUGACUCUUUUGGCCUUGACGAUAGGCGUCAAGGCGGUGAUCAACAGGCGGACGCCGGCUGUGGUUGUAUUGGAUGAAGGUACCUCAAGCGUGGACGACCCCGCCCAUCCCGGCACUCGGCACGCCACCUACGAGGGCUUCAAGCUCUUCUCGGGCCUCGCACUGAUUUGUACUCUGGGCGUGGUGCUUUCUGCGUUAUGGUUGCAGGUGAUGGUGACUUGCUCCUCUGCCCUCUUGACCUAUACCCUCAUGGCUGUGGCCCUCCUUGGUCUUUUGGCUGGCACAGCGUUCUUCGCAGGCGCCAACCCUUGGGCGGGCGUUGUCACCCUUCUUGUGACAGUGAUCGCUCUGGUCUAUUUCCAGCAGCUCCGGAGGCGCAUGGCCUUUGCAACAGCCAAUUUGAAAAUCGCGUGCAGGGCCCUAUGGGAUAGCCCCCCCUUGUUGGGCGUCGGAGUGGGUCUCCUGCUUCUGCAAGUGUGCUGGGGGAUACUCUGGGCACUGGCUUUGAUGGGUGCGGCGACAAAUGCGGACCUGGCGACCCUGCGGGACCCGGUUUCGGGCCAGGUGUACCCCAUGAGUCAAUGCACGACCUAUGAGACCCUGGGUCCCAACGGGAAUUUUACGGCCGCCUGUCUCCACACGGGUCAGACCUGUCUGAAAUGCGUGUGUGGGAGCGGGAUUAGCGCCGUGACCGUCUGGGAGGAUCGUUCGUGUUUUGCCUACAAGCUGUACGCGGGCUGGCUCGUGGUUCUGCUGGCUGGCUUCUUGUGGGGAGGCGCGGUGGUCCGCAACGUGGGGCAUUGCACCGUGUCCGGGACGGUGGGGACCUGGUGGGUGUCGGGGAGGGAGCGGGGAGCUGCGUCGGUGGGGAGUCAUUUCCGACGGUCCUUGUCCACCUCGUUUGGAUCCAUUUGUCUGGGUUCCCUGCUUGUGGCGCUCGUGCAGACGGCCCGGCAUGUUCUCUUGAACGCCCACCGGGCCAACCAACGGACGGUGCAGAGCAACACCAUCACGGCCAUGCUGGGCUGUCUCCUCGUGCUGGUCGACCGGGCGCUGGCCUGGUUCAACCGAUACGCCCUCGUGUACGUGGCUCUGUACGGGUUGGAUUUCAUGUCGGCGGGCAAGGCGACGACGGAGCUCUUUCGUGCCCGCGGGGUCACCGCCCUGGUCAACGACACCAUGAUCGAAGGCGUCCUAUCCCUGGGCGUGGUGAUCGUGGGCUUGCUCUGUGCGUUGACGGGGUACUUGUACGGGAGGGAUUGGGGCAUAAGCCAGGCGAACGUGGCGAUUCUGGGAGUGUCCGGCGCUUUUAUCGGCGUGGGACUUGCAGGGGUGGUGUCAGGUUUAGUGGAAAGCGCCGUUUGCACCACCUUUGUCCUUUUCGCGGAAGACCCGCAGUCCUUGGAGAUCAGCCAUGGAGGGGAGGCGUGCGAGGAGCUGGUGCAGGCCUGGGAGGAUGUGUUGCAGGGGCCCUUGUCGGGGAUGGGAGGGAUGGUGGGAGGGGCCGAAGGAGGGCGUGGACAGGGAGGCUUCAAGCCACCGGUGCCGUCUCCUUCGCCACUUGAGGGCGAUCGACCCUCGCCCUCCUCGCAGGCCCCCUCCUCGUCCGCUGUGGGCCCGGGCAUGGUCCCGCCUUACCCCUCUUCGGCCUCGGUGAAUCCUGCGGGAAAAGGGAAACGAGCGAGUCCGCCCCCGGCGCCCGCGACAGCCGCGCGGUAG